GUUUUUCCCCCGUUUUUCGCUUUUCUUACAAGAAAAUGCUGCAGUGCGCGCUGAAACUGCAAAUGUAUGUCUUUAUAACGGGCAGUGUGCAUAUAAAAAAGGAGCGGGGGGGAAUUAUAAAAUAAAAAAGGGCAGGAAUAACAAAAACUGCAGCCGGAGGAAGGUUGCGAGGAGCAACAAAACAUUCACAACACACAAGAGUCUCAGUUAACGCACACAUACACCGCGGCAUUCCUUUAUGUUUGUGUGUGUGUGGGUGAGUGAGUAUUUGUAUGGGUUGUGUGUAUGAAACAUUCGCGCGCGCUCGCCAUUUUCUUUUGCCUUGAGCUGCUGCACUUUGGCUUCCAGUUGGGCUCCUCAGUUGUUGCAGGUUAUCCCACGCUCGCUGACGGACGGAGACGCAGACGGACUCACGGACAAGACUGCCGGACAACCGGACAGCCGGACGGGAGGACAUCCCCAGACCCACACAAACGCACCCAAGAGUCCAACUAGCUAGCACUCACACCCAAAUCCCUUCUUAUCAGCCUUCAAGUAAGGGAAAAUGCGGAAAAUGUUUAGCUGCGACUUUAAGUGGCGUAUACGCGAUAUCAGCAGCGUUCAACGUGGCGUAUACGCAAUAUCAAAGCAGUGCCACAACCAAGAUAAGAUGAAGUAAACUCCCUAUUAAAACGUGCAACAGAUACCGGAGAUUAACCAUGAAAACCUAGAGCCAAACAAUGGAUUUCAAAAUCAAAGUUCCUCCACAAAAGUGCAAAAAUAAAACCAUGUAAACUCCAAAUCAAACCAAAACAAAAUUGCAACGCAAAGUUCCUAACACCCAGUGCAAACUACAUUUAAUAUACAAGUAAAAUAUAUUCAUAUUUCACUUUUAACAAAUAAAAUAAUCUACCUAGUAUUUUAAAUAAAUUACUAAAAUAUUUAUCAAACCAAAUAAUCUUUUAAAUAAUAAUAACCAAUAUAAUUGAAUACAUAACAAAUUCGACGGCAAAACCAAAUAAACACACCAUUUGACGGCUAACUUAACACACACUCACCCACCGAGUGGAAAUCGCAACCAACCAAAAUAAAAACCUAAGCCCCCGCCACAAAAUGAAACAAUCAUAGAUGAAAAGUAAACAAGACCCAACCAGCUGAGCAAAUAAAUCAAAACGCAGAGACAACGAGCGACGGGCCCCGACAAAGUGUUUACUAAACAAUAAACAAAACAAAAAGCCAACAAAAAUUGGUCAACAUAUGCAAGUAAAAAGGAUUCCUACACAUGUCCAUCACGAGGAUAACCAUAAAACUCAUAAAAAAAUAGCAAGCUGCCAGCCAGGAAAAGUUUUUCAAGGUCGUUGCUGGCAAGUUCCUGCUGGCAAAUCAUUUCUAUUUGUUUCAAUUUGGUGUGCAGCCGAAAAAAAUAAAAUGGGCGGAAAAAGUUUUGAAGUGCACUCCGCCCCCGCCAUCUAAAAUAAAAUAAAAGUUAAGCCCAAAUAAAAAGACAUCAAAUUUGGUUGCAAACUUUUUGUUCGCUUUCCGGUAUGUUUUUUCAAUGUGGGCUGUGUGUGUGGAAAAUCAAACAAACUGUGCUUCAGUUAGAUAAAUUGCUGUAAGCGGGGAUUUCCCCCUUUCGAAAGUGAAAUUGUCGAGCGGGAAUAAAAAGCGUUGCCUACAUUUGGGCUCCACUGGGUUUGGUUGUCAUGCACGAACUCAUUGGCAAAUACAGCCAUCCGGACAUGGACUUGCUGAAGGAUCAGCUGAAGCGGGGUGGCUACAUGGGCGCCCUUGGGCCGCCCACCCCCGGCUCCACCGCCCCCGCCCCCUCGCCCUUCCUGAUGCCCGCGGAAUUCUACAAGAGUCUGUUCGCCAGCGCUGUUCUGCAGCAACAGCAGCAGCAGCAGCACAAGUUCUACGGCGGAACGCCCUCGCCCAGCCCCGCCCCCAGCCUAUCACCGUCCUCAGGUCGCUCGCAUCCACCCGGAAAUUUGUUGUUUUCCACGGCUGCUGCAGCGGUCGCCUGUGUUCCAGAGAACGGGAACGGUCCGGUGAAGACGGAGCUCGAAGAGCCGGAUCAGGAGACCCAGGACAACGGCGGAGGAAAUGAGGAGCAGAAACCCAUCAUCGAAAAGAACCCUAGCGAUAAUAAGCCGCACAACAACAACGGCUACUCGUGGUCCACCGGCAACAACAACGAGGUUGUCAGCAAUAGCAGCAACACCAACAACAACAGCCACCCCACAACACCACCCACUCCGCCCCACGAGGCGAGCGCCACCCAAGCGACUUCGUUGUCCGCAAUUAAUUUGAAUCAAGCCCAACCCGCAUCCCAGACGCGUCCAAACUUUGGCAGCUCCAUAAAGUCACCACCAUCAGAACCGGACGCGGUCACCGUAGCCACGUGCAAAAGUCAGGAGAACAGCGCCAGCCAGAACCCCUCAUCCGACCCCCACUCCGACCCCAAUCCGGCCCAGAACCCCAGCUCGAAUCCAACGGCCGCUGCCGUGGCCGCCGCUGCCGCCGCCGCCGCCGCUGCCAACAUGCCGAUCGGCGGCGUCCAGGGCCAGAAUCCCACCCAGGGCCUGGUCCACUGGAUGAGUGCCGUGAUGGCCGAGCACAUGACCGGCCAGACGCACCACGAUCCCGGCGCCGUGGGCAUGCACUACAUGUGGAACGGCAACGUUGACCAUGCCAAAGACAUAGGCGAUUACAAUCUUUGGCCGCCGACGCCGCGCAGUCAUCAGCAUGCCAGCGAGCAUCAUCCGAUGUCCCUGAAGCAGGAGUAUGAGGCCAAAAUGAACGAUCACCACCACAACAAUCUGCAGAAAGGUCACUUUCUGGAUGACAAUCGUCUGGAGCAUCAUGCGGUUACGGGACAAGGUGGCCUGGGCCUGGGUGCAUCCAACGGAGUGGGCGGCGGCGGCGGUGGUGCCUCCGUGGGUGGAAACUCCAGCCUCGGCGCCAGUUCGCACCACGCCGCCGCCGCCGCCCACCACCACAACCAGGCGGUGGCAGCUGCCUCGGCGGCCGCCCUGCUGGUGGUGCCCCAGCCGAUUAAUGCCAGCAAAAUGGGUGGACCCGGCGGCGUCGCCUCGGUGGCCGGCGGACAUGCAACUGGCGGUGGCAGCGGACGGAAGUAUCAGUGCAAAAUGUGCCCUCAGAUCUUCAGCUCGAAGGCCGAUCUGCAGCUGCACACGCAGAUCCACAUGCGGGAGGCGAAGCCGUACAAGUGCACCCAGUGCUCGAAGGCCUUCGCCAACUCGUCGUAUCUGUCGCAGCACACGCGGAUCCACCUGGGCAUCAAGCCGUACCGCUGCGAGAUCUGCCAGCGGAAGUUUACGCAGCUCUCGCACCUGCAGCAGCACAUCCGGACGCACACGGGCGACAAGCCGUACAAGUGCCGGCAUCCCGGCUGCCAGAAGGCAUUCUCGCAGCUCUCCAACCUACAGUCGCAUUCGCGGUGCCACCAGACGGACAAGCCGUUCAAGUGCAACUCCUGCUACAAGUGCUUCUCGGACGAGCCCUCGCUGCUGGAGCACAUCCCAAAGCACAAGGAGUCGAAGCACCUGAAGACGCACAUCUGCCAGUACUGCGGCAAGUCGUACACCCAGGAGACCUACCUGACCAAGCACAUGCAGAAGCACGCGGAGCGGACGGACAAGCGGCCGCCGAUUGCGCCGGGCAGUGCGGCGGCCAUUGCGGCGGCCGCUGCUGCUGCUGCUGCCGGCGGAGCGGGCAACUCGGCCAACGGACCGCCCCCACCCCCCAAUCCCGCCCAGCAUCAGCGCAACAACCUGGGCCUGCCGCCCGUCUCGAUUGCGCCCAGCGACAACGGCUACUGGCCGAAGGUGAGUCCCGACUCCGCCGCCGCAGCCAAUGCCAUGGAGGUGAUGCACCAGCAGCAGCAGCAACAGCAGCAGCAGCAACAACAGCAGCAGCAACAGCAGCAGCAGGCCCAGCACCACCAUCCGCACCACGGAGUCCCGCCGCAGCAACAUGUCCCGCCCCAGCAGCAGCAGCAGCAACAACAGCAGCAGCAACACCACCAUCCGCAGCAGCAGCCGCCCCCGCAGCACAGCAUGGAGGCCCACUACGCACAGCCGACGGCACCCAACGGCGCCCAGAGCAACGGACACGGUUCGGAGUUGCAGCCCCAUCAUCGGAUGCCCGACCCCGUGCGGGAGGAUAUCGUUUCGACCCCCAGUGCCGUGGGACCCUACGACGCCGCGUCCAUAACGAAAACCACCAGCAACUCGGCCUUCACGCCGAUAAACUCGAUGCCGCCGCACUUGAACUCGCUGAGCCACCACCCGAUGGCCCAGCGACCCUAUCUCUACGAUGCCAUCAGCUUCCCCAACAAGAACGUGAACCAGAACAACGCCAACGCGUUCCCCAACCAGCUGAUCUCGCUGCACCAGAUCCGGAACUACGCCCACCAGCCGGCGGGUCUGAUGGCGGGGGAGCACCUCCUGGGCGUUAGCGUGGGUCCUGGGAAGGACAAGGGAUAGCUAGGGCCCUACUUCUAAGUUGGUAGUUCAUCCAUUAUUUCUCCAAGCAGAGACGAGGCGUGCAUUCCUGUACAGUAUUAAUUUGUAGUUAGUCGUAGUGCGUAAUGGACGUUUUGUAAUUUUGGUAGAUCUUAUUUGGGUUAAGUUAAGGGUGUUCCCGCGCACUUGAUAAGCAAACUGUAAAUGGCCAACGAUACGUACUCUAAUUUGACCAACACCGUCCAUACCUAUGUUUAUACUAUGUCUUUGAAAUCGAACACCGGAAUCGCGACUUACUGGCGAGUAACCAAUAUAAAUCCUGCGUUUUACGAGUAUACAAAUUCUGUCCAGCUAAAGUUUCCCUAUCGAGUAAUUGGUUUUCUAGGACCUCGUCUAUUGCCGCCUGUAAAUAUAAUUGAAAAUGAAUUUAUUUUCGAUGCACAAACGGAUCUCGCAGUCUUAAAUCAAUGGCAGAAGUCAGAAGCUGCUAACUAAGCCGAUAUAUGUACAUAGAUAUACAUCAACCUAAAGGAACUUACCGGCAAACGUAAUUUACCUUUAAAUACAAAACUUCGUAUAUAUUUGUUUAGGUGUAUCGUAUUAAAUACAGACAUUUCCGAGGGAAUCUUCUCGAGAAACAAAACACAAACAGCAAAAUGAAUUCAAGAAAUCAAAUGUGUUUACAACUAUAGAUGAAACUAUGCGAUAGAUAAAAACUAUUUUGAAAGAAUCUUUUCUAAGUAUAUGUUGGCAGUUGCGAAAACAGAAAAAGGAAAACAAAACCUUACAGAGAUGUUGUAUUACUUUUUGGAAAGACUGAAGUGAUCAAAAUUAUCGAACCAGAGGAGGAAUUAAAUAAAAAUCAAACAUUUUAAAGAGCGUUUUUACCGCAGUUACUAAGCAAACUGAAUGUGUCCUAUAAAAUUUCGUACUAAUGGCAGAAACUAAACCUAAACGUAAUUACGAGUAUGACAACAUCAAAUGUAAUGUAUUAUUAAAUAAAGUAAUUCUAAUUUUAAUCUUAAUCUAAAGUAAAUUUAAACUAACCCAUAGCUAGUGUUUAACUCCAGAAUGCAAUCUCAAUGUAAAGACAAAACCGAAAAUGGAACACAAAACAAAACACCUACAGUUAAGUGAAUAGCAAAAUGAACUCUGAACCACACACACACGCAUUAAAUAGAAACAUUUGGGGUAUUCAGAUAGCUGAGCUAAAUGAUUAUUGUUUUACCGUCUAACGAUUACAGCAGAUUACAGUACGAUUUCAAUGGCUAAGAUAUGCGAAUACAAAGAUAGUUCCCGAUUGGACUUCGAUCGCUGAACGGCGUGGAUACCCCGCGGAUAUCCAGCUGAAUAUGCAUACAUACUUAUAUAAUUGUCAAUAGUAGAUGUGUGUUCCUCAGUUGAUGUAAAUUGAUUUCCGAUUAACCACAAACUCAACCCGUAAUAAAGUGAAUUAAAUGUU